AUGCUGUCAAGAAGGAGGCACCAAGUUCGUGGAACACGCAACCCCGUGAAACAGCUAGGAGACCACGAGGCAGCAUCAACAGGCGCAAUUGAGCCGAAUGUGCCGCCAGAGUUGGUGAGCACAAAGCCUCUGCCGCUGCCAGCGGACUUUGAAUGGGUCACCAUCGAUAUGGAGGAUGACGCUCAACUGUCAGAAGUGUAUCACUUGCUGACGCAUCACUACGUGGAAGAUGGCGAAGCCACCAUGCGCUUUAAGUACUCACCGGCAUUUCUGCGCUGGGUGCUUCAUCAUCCAGGCUACGACAAAUCAUGGCACGUCGGUGUGCGGGUCAAGUCAUCCCAGAAGCUCGUGGCGUUCAUUGCUGGCAUUCCACAGGAACUGCGUAUCCACGACUCGGUGCUGCAAGUAACAGAGAUCAACUUUUUGUGUGUGCACAAGCUUCUGCGCAGCAAGCGACUUGCGCCUGUGCUGAUCAAGGAAGUGACACGCAGGUGCCACAAGAGUGGGAUUUUCCAGGCCAUCUACACAGCCGGGCAGGUUCUGCCGACGCCCAUAUCGUGUGCACGCUAUUACCAUCGAACGCUCCACGCGCGUAAGCUGGUCGAGGUGGGGUUUAGUUCCGUGCCGCGUGGCAUGUCAAUGGCGCAGCACGAAGCGCGGUACAAGCUGCCAGAAACGACCAGUUUGCCGGGCUUGCGACCAAUGCAGACUCGCGAUGUGCCCGCCGUCGGUCGCUUGCUGCGCAGAUACAUGGCGCGCUUUGACAUGGCACCGCGCUUUUCAGAUGCGGAGGUGCGCCAUUUGUUUGCGCAAGCUGUGCCGCUAGAUACACGUCCCGUGACGUGGGCGUAUGUGGUUGAGCGGCACGACGGUGCGAUCACAGACUUUUUCUCCUUCUACAGCCUGCCAUCGACGCUCCUGGGCCAUGAACAAUAUGACACGCUCGAGGCAGCCUACUUGUUUUACUACGCGACGGACGCGGCGUUUGACGACGGCGCCGCGCAGCAAAGUGCAUCGACGCCGACACCGCCGCCUGCCCAGCAGGCGACGGAUCAGACGAUCUCGCCGUACGAGGCGGCGCGGCAACGCGGCCAAGCUGCGUGGCAGUGCAGUGCACUAAGCCGACUGUCGCCAGCGGAAGCGGCAGAUGAAGCGGAUGUGCGCCCCUGGCACACUGAGUCGCAUGCCAGUCGAGAGCGACUGAAGGCGCGUCUGUGUGCGCUUAUGAACGACAUGCUGGUGCUGGCGAACAAGGAGGGCUUUGACGUAGUGAAUUGUCUGACGGUACUUGACAAUCCCCUGUUUACGCAUGAGCUCAAGUUUGGCCCUGGAGAUGGAUUCCUGCGCUUUUACCUGUUCAACUGGCGCAUCGCACCGAUCGCUGGAGGGAUGGGGUCGCGUGCUGACGAAGAUGCGUUGGAUCCAGCAGCAGCCAGCAGCGAAGAAAAUGAGCAUGUACCGCGGCCGUUGCCGCCAUCCAUCUACGGCUCAGGGAAUGGGAUUGUCAUGGUGUAA